CAAAUUGUUUUUUUGUAGAAAAUAAAAAUCAGAUUAUUCUGUUGCAUUACUAAAUGAUCACAAGAUGUCGCAAGAGACCGCGCAACAAAGCUGUUUUCGGUGCCGGAAACUCCUCCUUCAGUCCAGACCUAAAGCUAAAACGUCAUCAUCUGGGUUUGCUUUGUGAGAACACCUCGCAGAUGAGCAAGGCCCGUAACGAGUGAGGAUCGUUUGCAACAAUGGAUACAUAAAAAAAAAAACAUAAUUUUUCAUAUUUGUUAAGCACGAAACCAGAACGUGUUGUUUUUUUCUGGAAAGCGAUGGCUGUUCGGACACAAUGGGAUAAUAUGUGGAGCCUGGUUUUCACCCUUUUCUGUCUCUGUGAUUGGUCCGUGGCUCAGAUUUCAUAUACCAUUUCUGAGGAGGUAGACAAAGGCACGGCAGUUGGAAACGUUGCGAAGGAUUUAAACCUCAGUGUGCAGCAGCUCCAGUCCACGGGUCUCCAAAUGACAUCUGGGAAUAAAAAACGGUAUUUUGACAUUAACCGUGAAUCUGGACUACUUUUUGUUAGCGAAAGGAUAGACCGGGAGGAGCUUUGUCCUAAUCUGGCGAAGUGUUCCUUAAACAUCGAGGCCAUAUUGAGCAACCCUCGCAGCCUUCAGCGAUUUGAGGUUUUAAUAAAUGAUAUUAAUGACAAUGCUCCAUUUUUUCUAGAGGAUGUAAUUACAGUUGAUAUAUUUGAGUCUUCGUAUGUCGGGGAGAGACAUCCACUCCCAGUAGCUCAUGAUGCGGAUGUGGGAACUAAUUCAGUGAAGACAUACAAGUUAAACCCAAACGAAUAUUUCUCAUUAGAUAUACAGAGCGAUGGUGACCAGAGUGUCUCUGCUGAAUUAGUAUUACAGAAAGCAUUAGAUCGAGAAAAAGAGCCUGUUAUUGAUAUCAUUCUGACUGCAAUCGAUGGAGGAAAACCACCUAAAACCGGGACCUUACAGAUAAAAGUGAACGUUUUGGACGUAAACGACAAUUCACCCGUAUUUAGUAACUCUCUUUACAAAAUAAAAGUGACUGAAAAUGCAAAUAUUGGCACAGCUUUAUUAACAAUCAGUGCCGCUGAUUUAGACGAAGGUGUUAAUGGUCAGAUCGUUUACUCUUUCACAGAGAGGGCACGUUUAAACCCUGAAGAAAUAUUUUCCCUUAAUAACAACAGUGGAGAGCUUACAGUUAAAGGCAACAUUGAUUAUGAGGAAAAUCAAGCAUUUGAAAUUCGUGUUCAAGCACGAGACAAAGGUACUCCUCCCCGCAGUGCGCAUAGCAAAGUUUUGGUCGAAGUCAUUGAUGUAAAUGACAAUGCUCCUGAAAUAUCUGUGUCAUCUCUUAUGAGCCCAAUAAAAGAAGACGCUGAAAAAGGAACAGCUGUUGCCACGGUUACGGUCGCUGAUAGAGAUGGAGGCAACAACGGCCAAAUAAACUGUAAGAUAACAGGUUCUGUUCCAUUUAAAUUAAAAUCUAAUUAUAAAAAUUACUUUUCGUUGUUGGUUGAUGGACCUCUCGACAGAGAAAAUAUUUCCAAAUAUGAUAUCUUAAUUGAAGCAACAGAUGAAGGAUCGCCGGUUCUCUCGAGCACAGCCGUGAUUUCCCUUCAGGUGUCUGAUGUAAAUGACAAUCCUCCUCGAUUCGCUGAUUCUUUCAUAAACGUUUACGUAAAAGAGAACAUUCCAACUGGAACAACUAUUCAUAAACUGACGACGUUUGACUCAGAUUCAGAUGAAAACGCAAGAUCAACGUACAGUUUAAUUAAUUUCCCCAAAAAUAUGCAGAUUAGUUCAAUGGUAACAGUUCAUUCAGAUACAGGUACAAUUAUAAGUCUACAGUCUUUUAACUAUGAGGAGUUAAAAACGUUUCAGUUUAAAGUUCAGGCCACAGACUCUGGUGUUCCUCCUCUCAGCAGCAACGUGACUGUUAAUAUUUUAAUUCUGGAUGAAAAUGAUAAUAAUCCAACAAUUUUAGCUCCUUAUUCUGAGCACGGCUCUGCUAACAGUGAGACCAUCCCCUAUUCUGCUGAAGCAGGAUACUUCGUAGCAAAGAUCAGGGCUGUGGACGCAGACUCUGGAUACAAUGCGCUGCUUUCUUAUCACCUGUCUGAGCCCAAAGGAAACAACCUGUUCAGGAUCGGAACCAGCACCGGGGAAAUCAGGACUAAGAGGAGAAUGAGCGACAAUGACCUGAAAACUCACCCCUUGGUGGUGCUGGUUUCUGAUAAUGGAGAACCUUCUCUGUCAGCUACCGUGUCUAUUGAUGUGAUGGUGGUUGAAAGCACAGCUGAUGUUCAGACUCAGUUCAGACAUGUGCCUAUAAAGGAGGACAACUUCUCUGAUUUGAACCUAUAUCUGCUGAUCGCCAUCGUGUCAGUCUCUGUGAUCUUUCUGCUGAGUCUCAUCAGUUUAAUAGCUGUCAGAUGCCACAGGACAGACGGUGAUUUCAGCAGGUACAGCGCCCCCAUGAUCACCACCCACCCUGACGGGAGCUGGUCUUACUCUAAAGCUACUCAGCAGUAUGACGUGUGUUUCAGCUCAGACACACUGAAGAGUGAUGUAGUGGUUUUCCCCGCACCGUUUCCACCUGUAGAUGGUGAACUGAUCAGUAUAAAUGGAGGAGACACUUUUACCAGAACUCAGACUUUACCAAACAAGGACAAGGUGAGUUGUCUUCAAGCUAAAAUAUUUUAUAAAUUAAAAACAAAUGUUUUUUUUUUCUUUUUUUACUGCAAUUUCCGUAUAAAGUUAUUUGUUUUAUUGGUCUAAACGCAUGUUAGCGUUAUAUCGGUGUUAUUGUCUAGUUGACAAACAUUAAUGACAAGCGUUCAUCAUGAAGUGAAUUUCAAUCUA